ACUUUUAUACAGGCCCUUUCUCGGGUUUGGGUCUCUCGGGUUUUUUGACUGGCGGGGAAGGUCUAGAGCGUGGCGGUGUGAGGCGUGCGGGAAAGCAGGAGCAGGAAUCCUCUGCGGCGUGUCUUCGUCGCCAUAGCUGAUUCUCGGAGCGGCAGCAGGAAUACCCGACACGUGUCACCAUGCCGGCCGGUCAUGGUCUUCGCUCUCGCACGAGAGACUUGUUCUCUCGUGGUUUUCGGCAGAAGGGUUAUAUCCCCGUCUCCACGUACCUGCGGGUCUACAAGCUGGGCGAUCCCGUAGACAUCAAGGUGAACGCGGCAGUUCAUAAGGGUAUGCCUCACAAGUUUUACCAUGGACGCACGGGCACUGUCUGGAACGUGACGAAGCGCGCCAUUGGCGUUGAAGUAAACAAGCAGGUUGGCAAUCGCAUCAUCAGGAAGAGGAUUCACGUGAGAAUCGAGCACGUGCACCCCUCUCGCUGCAGGGAGGAGUUCCUUUUGAGGGUGAAGAAGAACGACGAGCUGAAAGCUGAGGCUAAAGCCAAGGGUCACACGGAGAAGCUCAUCGUCAAGAGGCAGCCUGUCGGCCCCAAGCCUGGCUUCAUGGUGGAAGGUGGAGAGAUUGAGACCGUCACUCCCAUUCCUUACGAUGUCGUUAACGACCUGAAGGGCGGAUACUAAACGCGCAGAAAUAUGCACUGGCCCGAACGGUGCGUUAUGCUUCAGAUCGAUUUCAAGAGUUGUGUCGGCGGGUUUGCAGCAAACGAGCGGACCGUGCCACGCCUUUCCUUCAUUCCAUGCUUCAGAUCGAUUUCAAUAGUUGUGUCGGCGGGUUUGCAGUGGAUUUGUUCUACCGUGGAACUCAGGAACCCUAAUCCGUCAUCCGUCGGCGGGUUUGCUGUGGACGUUCUGCCGUGGAACUCAGGAACCCUAAUCCCUCAUCCGUCGUCAUAUUUGGGGUUUUCUUCACCGUACCCUCUUGGGACUUAGGACUUGGAGUACGAACAGAACCCUAAUGUCGAUGUCUAGGUCAUCCUGGCGCUUUCUUCGUUGGAAGCAUCACUCAGCAGGUAAGCUUGCAGCCCUUCCGUUUAUAUAAACCCAUAUGAUUAUGAUGUCUCCACCCCAUCACUGCAAAAGAUCACAAUGAUUUGUAAGAGCGGAAUGGAUUUGAAAGCUCUCCUGCUCAGUGAUACUUUGUCAGGAUGGGUUGGAGAUAUAUUUUGCUCUGUUGCCGGGCAGAGGAGGUAGGGGGCUGAUGGCUCUGUGCGUCUUGAAGACUGUCCUUUUAGUGUUUUAGUUGUCAAAGUGGACGUUUGCAUACACGGUGUGUGUGACGAGGCGAUCUUGUUGAGUUUCCACCUAUGCUGUGGAAUCGGCGUGCAGUGUUGUGAACUGCGAUUUUUUACUGAGGCUUGAGAAGUAUAUUGGCUCGAACAUUGUCAGACAUGAAGGGAUUUCGCUAUCGUGGCCGGGUUGUGUGCGCUUGUUGUGAUGGGAUGACUAAUUGGAGCGUGAGAAGCGAGAGAGGGGGGGGGGAUGGUGUGCGUUUCGUGAGUAUGAUUUUGUGAACUUGUUAUGUAAUGAGGGCAGUUUGUUUCGGAUUUCUUCUCUGAGUUUGCGUCUUUUUCUCUACUCGACUAGUGUUUUGUUGACACUCGCCAUUUCUCAGUUAGGGUAUGCUCUCAAUGUGAAAAUCUCCAGGUGAGAGGGUUCAAGAGUUGAAAAGCAUGGUUUGCAUCGAGCAUUAACGAAGGCAAGGUGUGGGAAACCGUGAUGUGGGUCGGUGAAAGAGUUCAUCCUAAACGACAAGAAAAAAUGAGUUCUAAAAUCGAAUGUCCUGUCG